GCAAUAUAAAAACACACGCUUUUUGGAUUAAGCCACAGUAUUGCCACAGUCACCUAGUAAUAAAGUUGUAUUUAAAGAAAAUUAAAAGAUAACAAUGGUUUUUAAAUCGGCCCACGUCCUAGGCGCAUUCUGCCUAAUCUACGUUUUAAUUGUAGUCGAAAGUUCGUUUAUAAAACCAAAUAAUGUUCCAAGAGUUGGUCGCAGUAGUGAGAGCGAUCCUUUCGACCAAGGUUUGAUGGGAUAUGUUAUAAAAACUAUUCCGAGUAAAACUAUACCGAGGAUGGGCCGAAGGAAUUUUGAUUCUGUAAACCGCUACGAUAUUCCAAAGUUAUAUCAAGAGUCUGAAGAGAAUUUAAAGUUUUUAAACGAUGAAGAUAUUUCCCGACUGACACAAGAGCAGGAGAAUUCUUAUGGAAGUCGAUAAGAUUUCAAAGACAAUUACGAAAUUCUGCUUAUUUACCCUUAUUGAUACCCGGACAGUUGUUUAAUGC